AUGAAUCAACGCUACAUCCCAACGGGACUGUGGUUUAUUGAGAGCACACAAUUUGGCGAUUGGUUGACAAAGACCGAUUCCUUUCUUUUGGUUCAUGGACCCCAAGGAUGCGGGAAAUCUUUCCUUUGUGGUACGGCUCUCGAAUAUGUGGCAAAGCAACACAGAUGUGGACAAAGUUCUGUAGGAAUUGGAAUUGCCUCUUUCUUCUUCGAUGACAACCUACCGCAGGAGUCAAAGCAAGAUGAUACCGAUAUGCUACGUUCGCUGCUCUGGAAUCUUUCUGACCAGUUGCGUGACAACCACGAGCACCUACAUAAACUUGUCGAUCAUCGUCAAGAAUUGUCAAGUGAUUCACUUCGCGAUUUGCUUCUUCAAAUCCUGGGAAAAUUCUCUCAGGCUUUCAUUCUGAUAGACGGCUUGGAUAAAAGCCUCUCAGGUACUGAAGUGUUAAAGACCAUCGACGGGAUACGGAAAUCGGGCCUACCUGUUCAUCUUCUAGUCACAAGUCCUGAUGAUCCCGACAUAAAGCAAUCCAUACAGGCCGACUCGAAUGAGGUUGUCACUAUGAGCAAUGACGGAGUUCUGCACGACAUUUCUAACAAGGUUACCCAUGAACUUAUCACUCACGUUAUGCUAAAGACUUACUACGGUGAACAUGAGAAUACUCACUCUGCCAUAACAGAACGUGCCAAAUAUGGGUUCCGCCAUGCGAUGGACCUGGUUGAUAUUCUGAAAGAGGCCUACAGUAUGGCGCAGCUGAAUAGCUUGCGAGCACGCAUGUCCCUAUGGCCUUCCGCCCCAGAUGCUGCACGCAAGGAAAAUCUUGCUUAA